CCAAAAUCAUCAAAUUCAGUUUCCCUAACAUUCCCAUUCCAAUGAAUAUUUGGGUCUUCCAACAUGUCUAAUAACCUUUUGAACAAUAAUUCAUUCAUCAAUUACGAUUUUGAUCUCACCAUGCAAAGAGAAUACAAUUAUCAUGAUUGAUUCUAUUCUAUUUACUAGUUUAUUCCCGAAUUUAGACUAGACCUCUCCGAGUAGUUCAUUCAUAAACGAUAAAUUGGAGUUACCUAGGGGGUCUAGUCUAAAUUCGAAUUCUAUUCGAAUCUAUUUACUUUCCAUAUAUUUGAUUUAUAAUUUAUUUCCGUAGAUAUAUUCUUUUUUAGGCGGAUAGGGAUUCAUUCAGAAAUUGAAGUAAAUUAAAUAGGCCCUUUUAACUCAGUGGUAGAGUAACGCCAUGGUAAGGCGUAAGUCAUCGGUUCAAAUCCGAUAAGGGGCUUUUGGCCUUAUUUUCAUAGAAAUACGGUGGAAAUUCCAUUUUCUCAAAUACUUGCGAAAUGCACAACAAAGGAACAACCACAAAAUGAUAAAACACAAUCGUCACUGUCGGCUAUAAAUCCACGAACUCUUUCCCCCUCACGUCAUCACAUCGGCUCUAAAUUUCUUUUGUCCUUUUCGUUCAUUUCCCAUUAAUUCACUCUUUUUCCUAUUUUCCUCCCAAUAUUUCACAAACUAAGCAAACAAUCAAAAUAAAAACAACAAGACAAAAACCAAAAUUACUAUUUCCCUUUCUUAUUUAUUUUUAUUUUCUUUCCCCUUGUUUGACACACCAAGCAGAGUUGCAGGCCAUCACAUUUGUCACGCUACCUCUCAUCUGGAGGCGCGUGUGAUACACCGCCUCUUUGCCUCUUCCUUCCCUUCGCCGCCACCACCGUCCUCCGUCCCGUCAAUUAAAGGGAAUUCAAUAAAACUGUGACUCUGUUUUUUUUUUCUCUCUUUCUUUUUUCCUUUCAAUCUUUUCAUCCUCCUCUCCAAUUUUUUGCCCCUUUUCCGUUUCUCUUCUCUACUCUGAUUAACAUGCACAAUCUCCUCUACGCCAUGCCCGCUUCCUCUUCUCCAUCUUCCUUAUCAAAACCCUCCAAAUCCUCUGCCUUCCCAAACCCUACUGCAUCGCAGACUUCCCUCUCUUCCUCGUCAUCCGUUCUUCUCUGCAAGCACUCUCCAUCGGCGACUCUCGACCUCCUAAUCCUGAUCCUAGUCCUCUUCGCCGGCACUUUCCUCAUCACAUCUUACUUCUCCUACAUCUUCAACUCCGUCUCCCUCCUCCUAUCCCAUUCGUCAAUCCAGGUCUCAAUCCAGCUCCCGCCGGCGUCCUACGUCUGUGGGUUCCUCGCCUUUUUCCUUUUCUCGGUCCUCUUCCUCGAGUUCUGCUGCGGGCCGAGAUCUCGAAAGUGCGACAGGCCGCGAUGCAAAGGGCUGAAGAAGGCGAUGGAGUUCGAUUUGCAGCUGCAGACCGAGGAUUGUGUGAAAUCCAAUGGCGCCAAGGAGAUCGAUAAGUUGCCGUGGAAAGGUGGGAAUGAGACGAACCCGGAUUAUGAGUGCUUGAGGGCUGAGCUCAGGAAGAUGGCUCCCCCUAAUGGCAGGGCGGUUUUGCUCUUCAGGGCUAGGUGUGGAUGCCCCGUCGCUAAAUUGGAAGGCUGGGGACCUAAGCGAGGCCGGCGGCAUAAAAAGGCUCUGGCUAACGUGAGUGCAGCAAACAGGGAUCUCCAUCGCUGACAGAUGGCGGUGAUUCGGAUGAAGAGCAGGCUCCUCCUCUUCCUAUUAUACCCCUGGUUUAGAUUCUAGGAAUCCAGUUCUUUGCUAUCUCUUACAUAGACUAUACAACUCUAGAACAAGAGAAUGCUUCAAGAUCUACCCGAUGAAUCUCAGUAUACUAUUUUCUUUUCCCGCCUGCUCUUGAAGACAUUUCUCUUGUUUCUGGAUAGAAAAGAUACAAACUUUAUAGACUUGGUCAUUCAAUUCUGGAACUGGAUCCAUAUAGCAUUGUCAAUGGGAAUAAAAUAAACUAUGCUUC